AUGCUUUUCUGGAAUCUGCUUCUAGCUGUGAUAUUUGAUGCUUUCUUCAGAGCGUUGGAGGAGUUAGACGGAUUAGAUUUUCAAGGGAGAUUAUUGCAUAUCGAGCAAGGAAAAGAAAAGAAUCCUUCUGAUAAGCAAGAGUAUGAGAAGGUGAAGACUCUCCAGAAUUCCCAAAUCGCCUCUUCAAUUCCAUUUGGCAUUCAAGAAUUCUGGUAUUCCUUCCUUCAUUGCACGGCAGCACCAAGAAGAAUUUUGGUGACUGAAGCUCUUUCACGUGCUGGCCUUGAGUCUUCCAACCUAAUUGUUGGUAUUGAUUUCACUAGGAGCAAUGAAUGGACAGGUAUUUUUCUUCUGCCAAUCUCACUCUCUCUCAUCUUAGCCACCGAAAUGGGGUGGAGUCUUGAAGUUAUCAGUGCUGUAAAGCAUCCAUUAGAGACUGUCAUAUCAGCCAUUCUAGCCAGCUGUCCAAUCCUUUCCUUGGUUUGCCUCUUGAAGCCAGCAGAUGUGAGUCCUGCGGGACUGCUGAGCUGA